AUUGAUUCAGCUUACAAAACAAAGACCCACCCAUUCUCUCUAUUCUUCUGUCUGUCUCUUUUGUUGUGGUUCCUGCCAAUGGUUUGGCCCGCAAAGCCAGCCUUUGCUGGCAGUGCUGCCAUAGCAACCAGGAAAUACUUACCGCUGUUGGUGUAGUAGCGUCCGCUUGAAGGGGGACAGAGCGGAGUGGAGCGCGGUGACUGCGAGUCAAGGCAGACCACAACAGGAGUAACUGUUUUUUUUUUUUUUUUAGCCCCCCAGCUCUGCUGAAGUUUUCUUGCUUCACACUCCAGCAGCUCUGUUUCCUGAAAGUCGCACCUAUAUUGGAGAUAGUUGUUUAACAAGUCAGGAUGAGCGCAUGUGGAACUGAAAACCAGCUUUUUACUGUGUGUGGACGUUGACGGCUUGCUCAGACAUGGCUGCCAGCUCUGCAGCUACAUCCCACCUGCCUCCGGUGAAGAGUGUGGUGGUGUACAGGAAUGGAGACCCUUUCCACACCGGAAGGAGGUUCGUUGUCAACCAGCGACAAGUGGCCACCAUGGAAGCCUUUUUGAACGAAGUGACCCGGAGCAUCAGGGCUCCUCUUGCCGUCAGGACUCUGUACACUCCCAAGCAGGGCCACAGGGUCACGGACCUUCAGGAUCUGCAAACGGGAGCCCAGUAUGUUGCAGCCGGCUCUGAGAGGUUCAAAAAGCUGGAUUAUCUCAAUGCUGGGGUUAAAAAACAGCCCGCCUCUCGAGAAGAGACCCAGGUAAAAGGUGUCCAGAAGCCGCAUGUUACUGCAAAGUGGAGGGAGUUUGUACCUGCACCUUGCAUCAUCCAUGUUUUCCGGAACGGAGAUCUUCUGUGCGCACCGCUCCGAUUUCUCAUUCCUCGCAGCAUGCGACAGGACCUGGAGCAGAUCCUGUGCGUGAUCUCAGAGAAGGUCAACUUACGGACCGGAGCGGUGCGCAGAUUGUGCUCUUUGGAAGGAAUGACCGUGUCCUCGGCUGGAGAGCUGGAGACGGGCCACUGCUACGUUGCUGUGGGAACCGAGAGAUUCAAGAAACUUCCAUAUGAGGCACUUUUGGCUUCCAAAGAAAGGCAUUUUAAACAUUUUCCUGGAAAAAAGAGACUUCAACGGAGAGCUCAGAACAGGAAGUUAGAAAGCAAUCCCGAGGAUCCACACAGCGACUCAGCUCCACAUGACUCCCCACAGUCAGAUGGUCGCAGAGUGAAGUCGACAGGAGAUGAAGCUGCAGACCCUCAAACAUCACAGGAGAUCAGCAAAAGAGCAGAAGGGACCGGUGUAGAGAUCCACCCAAAACCCUCACAGGCCCCAUCUCUGCUCAGCAACGGAUCAGUUUAUCUAAAUAUAUUUCAAAAGGAAGAGCAGAAAAGCAACGAGGAGCCGGAGGGAGCAGAGGAAGUGCAGGAGGAUGAAAAUACAGCGACGGAGCUUCCAGUUGAUCAGCUAGCCGCAGAAAUCAUAGAGGAAGAAGAAAUAAACAAUGUAGAGGAUUCUGUGCUCGCCAUGAAAGAGGCGAGCCCACAGAAGGCCUCAUCAGGCGGAGCAGGACAGGACCGUCGCCCAGAGGAAAUCAGAGCCUCACAGAGGGAUUCCCGCUAACAGAUGAGUCAUCCAUCCCUGCUGCAACCAGAGCCUGCAGCCAAACCGGUCAAAAAUGAACCAAACCACAUGGUUUUGUUGGUUUUAUUCAGAUUUGUAGAAGCAAACUCAUAUGUUUAACUCGCAAAACCCAAGAAAUAAGAUAAAGUGCUGCUUCCUGUAAGCUCUUCUAUAUAUUGUGUUUAUGCUGUUUAAAAUGGGUUGUAAUAAUAGCUUUGAGUACCGGCAUUUACAUCUUUUAGAAACAUAUUUAGUCAAAUUAGAUACAUAAUAUACAAAAUAACAGGAAGGAAUAAUGAAGUAAAGGUAAGAAACCUAAAAAAAAAACAAUAAAAAG